AUGGCGGCUGCACUACCAGGUAAUAUAAUUGAAAUAAGGACGAAAUAGAAUGUAAAUUUUGUCAAAUUUGUGGUAUGUUUUAACUCGUGUUUUAUAUACAUAUUUUUUGUAGACACAAGCUAGACAGGAAGUCUGCGGUCAUAGACAGUCCGAACAAAUAUUGACCUUUCUUCUUGUUUUAUGUUUACAGUUUGCAAGGAAAUGAUAUAUUCUAUCUGGCCUAAAAGCAAACAUUUUGUGCUUUGUUCUGUAAAAACAUUAGGCUUUUAGCCAGAAUAGAAAUAAACCUGGUGUACUUAAUUAUAAUCGAUGAUGAGUAUUACCAUUGAUUGAUUGAUUGGAUUUCCGAUGAUCGGUUUUCAUCGAUUAACUACGCCGGGAAAUAAACCAUCCCUAUGUUUUAUAUGCAACUGUCAUUAGAAACCUCCACCAAUGGGGCAUGGGUGGAGGAUGGUGUGUAUUUUAGCGUAUCCAUUGUGCCACAUAGGUUGGGCAGGUGGGGUUUGGGUAUUCUGUCAACCUUAUAUAAUGUUCGUUAAGGGCGGUGGGGGUAUGCAAAGGACCAGUACCUUUACACCCCCAAAAAUAUUAAUAUCGAACAAUUAUUGAAAUCUGCACAAAAUUUUUCAAAUUGUAAGAAAAACAGCAAAUAAUUUCCGAAGAAUUGGCAAUCAUUACUGUCCCUGCUUUUUAAAUUGAAAACACUGCUUUUCUGCCGAUCAUAAACAAUUUCUCGGUGAUCAGCUAUUAUUUCAAGCCCUUUUAGAGUCAAACUUUUUUGCUGUCCAUUUUAUUCCAGAACAAAAAUUGCCAAUAGAAGCGGCUGUUUCUCCAAAACGACCAGGCUUUGGCACAAAAGGUCGAGACAUUCAGCUUCAAGCGAAUUUCUUCGAGUUGAAGUUGCCCAACGGUGACAUUCAUCAUUAUGACAUUGCCAUCACGCCAGAUAAGUGUCCGCGAGCUGUCAACCAUGCUGUCGUCCAGACGAUGGUUAACCAAUACCAUAAGAUGUUUGGAGGACAGAAACCUGUCUACGAUGGAAGAAAGAAUCUGUAUAGCCGAAGUCCAUUACCUAUUGACAAGGACAAA